AUGGGAAUUGACGCUCCAACAAGAAUUGCCAUCAUCGGGACUCUGGGAACCGCCAUCGCCGCCGGUAUCCUACAACCAACCAACAACACAGGUCUGAGUGUCGAACAUCUCACCGUCACCGUCGGCACUGAACCCUCCAAGGGACGGGUUGAGAAUGCCUUAUCCCACCAUGGGGCACUGGUAACUGUGUUGACCAAAGAUGAGAAUGUGCGAGCGGUCAAAAAGGCUGACGUGGUGGUAUUGGCUAUCAAGCCCAUGAAGCGUGGUGAUGUCUUUGCGGCCCUAGGGUUCAAAGAGGCGUUGCGAGGUAAACUAGUUCUCAGUAUUAUGACGGGGGUAAGCAUCAGCGAGUUGCACCACCUGAUCCUGGAGGGAGACGGUGUCUCACAGCAGGAAACGCCCAUCCAGGCCAUCCGGGCGAUGCCCAACAUGGCUGCCAAGAUUCGAGAAGCCCUGACGCCGUACACUUCCAGCCCACAGACCACGAAGGAAAAUAUUGAAAUUGCAUCUUGGGUAUUUAGUCAAGUGGGUGUGGCCUACCAGAUUCCGGAAACGUCCUUUGAUAUCUGUGGGGUGUUGGUGGGUUGCGCGGGCUCACUCUUGCUUCUGGCGAUCGAUGGUCUGUUAGAUGCAGCGGUGGCGGAGGGGGUCAAGAGACAGGAGGCGGAGGACUUGGUGGUACAUAGUGCCAUUGGGAUGAUAAAACUGGUACCAUCAGGAGACCAUUCCAGUGUUCUCCGCGAGAAGAUUGCUUCUCCAGGUGGCUGCUCCAUCCGGGCUCUAUUGGAGCUCGAACGACUGGAGGUGAGAUCGGCAUUCACUACAGCAAUUCUGGCAGUAGCAGCCAAGUCAAAGAGCAUAUCAUCAUCUUAG